GAAUACUGUGUGGCGAGAAGACUGUACUAGUGUAAACCUAUGAUAAUAUAUAAGGCUUAAGCCUAAGGCUGUAUUCUGACACCGUAGCUGAAUAAAUUAAUAACCAAAACAAUGCAGAAUAGAAGCAUAGUCUCAUCGUGUGUCUUGAUACUUACCCUUAAUCUUAUUGAGAGAGUUGCAGGGUUUUAUGUUCCAGGUGUUGCCCCUGUUGAGUUUUCUAAAGGUCAGGUUAUUGAAGUAAAAGCUGUAAAGAUGACCAGCACUCAUACUCAACUUCCCUACGAAUACUAUUCUCUACCAUUUUGUCGACCGAAGAACAACACCAUUGUCUACAAAUCAGAAAACCUUGGUGAAGUUCUAAGAGGAGACAGAAUAGUCAGUACUGCUUAUGAAGUCAAAAUGGCUACAGCACAAUCAUGUAAAGUUCUGUGCCAUGACCCGUACAAACCCAUGUUGUGGUCAGAAGAGGAGUCCAAGCUGGUUGCUAGUCGGAUCCAACAUCAUUAUUAUGUUCAUCUAAUUGUAGACAACCUACCAUGUGCCACCAGGUUUGAGAUGUUGGAUACAAAUCAGCCACAGUAUGAACAUGGAUACAGACUUGGGUUCAUUGAAGAUGGAACACCAUAUAUUAACAACCACUUGAAGUUAAUUCUCAAGUAUCACACUGAAGAUGGCAUUAAUUUCAGAGUAGUUGGAUUUGAAGUUGUCACAAAAAGUAUUGCUUUCAGUGACUUAACAUUUGAUGGAAACUCCUGCACUUUUCCAGAAAAGCCAAAAAAGCAAGAAAUAAACUUACAAGAUAACACAGAGAUCUUGUUCACCUAUGAGGUUCUGUGGGAAGCCAGCGACAUUAGAUGGGCAUCGAGAUGGGAUACUUAUUUAGCCAUGAGUGAUGCCCAGAUUCAUUGGUUCUCAAUCAUCAACUCUGUUGUGGUCAUCUUCUUUCUGUCUGGAAUCCUCACCAUGAUUAUCAUCCGAACUUUAAGGAGAGACAUUGCUAGGUAUAAUAAAGAUGAAGACAUGGAAGACACAAUGGAAGAAACAGGUUGGAAGUUAGUUCAUGGAGAUGUCUUCCGACCUCCAUUACAUCCCAAACUCUUUGCUGCUGUCGUUGGUACAGGGAUCCAGUUAUUCUUUAUGACGUUUAUCACAAUCUUUUUUGCAAUGCUGGGUAUGUUAUCACCUGCUUCACGGGGUGCUCUUAUGACUGUAGCUAUCUUUCUUUUUGUCUUCAUGGGACUAUUUGCUGGAUACUUCUCUGGUCGUAUGUACAGAACGUUACGAGGGAAUCAGUGGAAGAAAUCUGCUUUUUUAGUAAGUCUUUACUAACUUCAUGGACAAGAC